AGUUGAGCAAGAGUCUCUGCGCCGAGCAGCACACAGAUGCUGAGAGCAGCGCCGUGAUUGGUCCGCCGCGGUGGGUGUUUCCGCAUUCCGCAAAAAGCUGUCAGCAGAAGCGCGAGCUGGAGAGGGGGACCGUCGCAUCUGUGAGGAAAACCUCUUCGGUCAUUCCCGGAGGAAUAGCGGGCUGUCACCACGGGAGUAGGAAUGCCUUACAUGUUCAUCAGUACGCAGAUCCGGCUGGUGUGUAUCCUGCAUCUGUAAACUCCUCGUGUCAUGCUUUACGGGGGCGCACGCUUGAGUCAAUGAUUGAAGGUUUAUUUUACUUGGCACAACAACGCAGAGCUUGUUACAAAUCAAUCAGGCUCGACACUUGCAGAUUGUAGUUCUGCAGUGGCUUUUAAUAUUCUGCAUGCUGGAUAACAACAAACAGUAAACGCUGCAAGCGGAGAAAGCACUGCGUUGUGUUGUUUUCUUUCUUUCUUUCUUUUUGCCAUGGGGCCCUAAAUUAAACACACAUGUUUCCCUGUUAUCGGCCUCUUGCUGCGCAUGUUCAAUCUAUUACCUACAGACUGGAGCUACAUAAUGCUAUAUGGCUUCUGAGAAGUAUGGAUGAUCUAUUUUUAGGCUGCGCAGAUUAUGAUCCGCACCUGCCCGAGAGCUGUAGGUGAAGGCAGAGCUGCGCAUUUCAAACACACAAUAGAUCUUACUGCACCAAUACUCCCAUUCCCACUCCGUCAAUCACAAGCAAACAGUGACAUGGAUAGUUAAGUGUCUAUUGUUUUUUUUCACAGGAGAAUGGUCCAACUAAUGUGGGAGAUGAGUACUCUGACCCAGCUGUCAUGAAUUACCUGGGAGCAAGGAAAACCACUAUGCUUGGAAACAACUUGUAAGUAUUAAAAACAGAGACUAUUUGCUGUAAGAGUGAUUGGUAUGAUGAAAAUGUUACAGGUAAGCAGUUAAAGAUAUACCUAAGGUUAUAGUUCAGCAAGUAAAUACAAACAUGAAACCCGAAUCAUUGUUCAUCCCAAAAAUCUUCUGCUGGUAUAAAAGUUUUCUUCCCUUCUGCUGAUUCUGAUACCUGAACUGGUGUAUAAAGCACCAAUUUGAUCAAUCUGAAUGGGAAUAUCCAGCAAAACAACUGCUAAAAGCUUCUUUUAUUUACUUAUUGAGCUCACACAUUACGACACUGCAGGGUAGUCUGACAUCCACUAUUACAGAGUUGUGCAAACACAGCUGUGACGAACAAUUUGAUAAAGACACAAAAAGUCCUCCAAUCUUUUAAGUCACCUAAACCUGGUACACUUGCUGAUACCAUUCAUGUGUUUUAGGACAACACAUCAGGGUCAUCUCAUGAAUUAGUAACUUGACCAGUAAUAUGACAGAUAUCUAUGGAGAUAUUUAUCGUUUAUGGAGACCACCUCCAGAGUCAUCUUGUUAACAGGAAAUACGAAGCUGUAAUGGCACCCUUCCAGUCUAAGCUCUGCAGACACAUGCAGAGUUGACUCCCAAGUGUAACCAAAUUUCCUUAUUUAGGAACUUAACACUGGUGGGUUUUGUUUUUUGAUUUUUUCAGUUUGGCAGCAAACAUGUACAUAUUGACGGCAGAGCCAAGAUCAGUUCACAUGGAGGGAGAAAAAAAUUCUAGAUGUGUUCGAGUAAAGGCUCCUGCUUUGCAGACUUAGAAUAAACUAUUCAAGCUGACAGAAUACAGAUCAGGGAAGUGUUGUCAUUGGCAAUCUGACUCAAAUGCUGCCGGGAAAUGAACCAAGGUGUGGAGGGAAGUGAACAAGCACCAGAACAAUUAACAGCAUUCUACUUUGCAACGAAAGUUUAUACUGAAAGACAGAGAAAUCGAACAUGUGUGGAAAAGGUGCACCUCUUUGUGUUUAUGCUCUUGUAGUUCCGAGUACCAUGUGGACGACCCUCCGCGCAUGGUGCUGGACAAGCUGGAGAAGAUCGGCUUCCGCGUGCUGACGAUGACGGGGGUGGGGCAGACACUGGUGUGGUGCCUCCAUAAAGAGAUAGAAUGACCAGCCUUGCAGCAAGAGAUGACCACUGAAUUACCUCUGAAAGCCUUUUAACCCACUGAGCAUUUUUUGGUCUAAAAGAGGUCUAAUAUAGGUCUAUAUGUAGCCUAGACAACAGGUCUAAAAUCAGACUACCACAGGUCUAAAAAUGAAAGUUAUUUAGAUGUCUAUAUUUAUACCCAGUUUAGACCAGGCCGCUAACAGAGGUCUAACUUUAUAUUGCCCAACAGCUAUCAUAAUUAUUUGGUAAGUAUUUGGAGAUCAGUUAAGCAACUUAAAGUUGCUUUUUGGAGUAAAUAAGUAAAUAGUGAUUGAAUAAUGGGUUAAAGUGCAACGUCUAAACUCCGUCUAAAAAUAUAUAGAAUCUAGAUGGUUGAAAUUAGAUCUAAAAAAAAACUAGAUGUCUAAUAGCCGUCUAUUGCUCAGUGGGAAGAGGGUGAAUGAACUGUCUUCUAGGAACUUUGUGUUUAACUUUGGUUCUCUGCAAUAUUUUGGUGACAAAAGCAUCAGCUGUCAAGAAGUUAAGUUCUAAAGUUGAGAUUAUCUGAGAUGUAUGAUCUCAGAUCACCUUCAAUAGGUGAUAGGUCAGUUAUUUCAGGAGAAUACCAAACUACUUCACAGAGAUUUUCCACAUGCUUUUGCAGAAAUUAUGUUCUGAUUACAAAUGGGGACUGAUUAUAAGGCAUGAGGACCAGGUUUACUGUAAAUAUGUCAAUUUGCAGUAGAAUGUAAUUGAAAGCACCACUGUAAAUCUAGGCCUCGCCCAGUCCUCUUUCUCUCCUGUCGAAGUAACUCAAACACUAUGUUUGUUAAGUUUGUAUGUAGAGCUUUGUGUAAAGAUGUUUUUGUAAGUGUUUCACAUGCUUAUGAUUAAAUGAUGUAAUGAUGAGGAUUGUCUUGUACUUCCUAUUAGAUGAAAACAAUCCCUAUGGGAUUUGCAUCAGACUUAACGGAACAUAUGCAGCCUCCUAAUAAUCCAUUAAACAGACACUUAAAACAUUAAA